CGAUGAGGAAGUGGUUCCUCUGUUAUGUGUAUCUUUCACCUUUACAUUUCAAACUAUGUGCAUGUGACGAGUGUUAUACGUCUUAUUAUAUAGUUACAACUCGAAAUAGGCCAGAUAUACUCAAUGUUAUUGUAGUGGUAGACUUCGCAAUCAAACUUUGAAAAAAGUGAAAGUGCCAGCAGAACACAGACCCUCCUCAUGCCUGAUCUGAUCCGCACGCCGGUGCAGCUUUACCGCUUUCUGCUGCGCUGCUGCAAACUCCUGCCAUCAGCAGCCAUGCAAAAACACUACCAACACGCCAUCAGACAGAGCUACAACAGUCAUGCGGAUGAGGAUGAUCCAGAAAGGAUUCAGAUGAUCAUUCAAAGAGCUAUAUCCGACGCUGACUGGAUUUUAACUAAAUACACUAAAAAGAAGUGAUCACCAUGGAAAGUAUACAGCAUGAAGCUGACAAAGGUCAUUUAGCCUACAGACUUGCUGCUAAACAUACAAC